GCCAAGUUUCACAUUGAACUUGGUAGAUAUGGUGUGAAUAACCAAGACUAUUUCGUGUAUUGUUAUUGGAUGAAGAAACCCGUACUUCUUGACGGUGUUUUAGCAAGGUCAACCUCUAGAGAACGUCAAUUUAUAAACCUACUCACUUCAAAUCACCUUUAGUUGCAGACAUGAAGCCGUUGAAGAUCACCAUAUUGUUACUUUUCGCCGCUGGAUGUGUGACAGCGGCGAGGAAAAACCAAGGAUCUAGGAGAAAUCCAGAGCCUGUGGACGACGCGGAAACCACAGACCAGUGCCCAGAACCCAAUGGGUACUUCGCCGACGCUGAACAAUGUGAUAAAUAUUACGAGUGCAUUGAGGGAGGGAUUAAGGAAAAGUUGUGCCCCGAUGGGAUGGUCUUCAAUGAUUUUAGCACGGAAUACGAAAAAUGUGACCUACCUUUUAACAUCGACUGUACGUCGAGGCCGAAAUUGCAACAACCCCAACCUAGCCAACACUGCCCCCGCAAACACGGCUACUUCGCCCACGAGGAGACCAACAUCUGCGACAAGUUCUACUACUGCGUUGACGGCAAAUUCAACAUGAUUGUGUGCCCCAACGGCCUGGUCUACAACGAAAAAGCCGGGAUUUGCUCCUGGCCAGACGAAGCCAAGAAGAAGGGGUGUUCUUCUGAAGAGGUGUUCCAGUUCGAGUGCCCCAAAGUAAACGAGAGCGUGGGUGCCACCCACCCCAGGUACGCGGACCCAGACGACUGCCAGUACUUCUACGUUUGCAUUAACGGUGAUACUCCCAGAAGGAGUGGGUGUAAACUUGGUCAGGUCUUCGACGAUGUCCAGAAGAAGUGUGACUGGGUGAGGAAUGUUCCUGAAUGCGCUGAUUGGUACAAGGGGAGGUUGACUGAGGAGCAGUUGAAGGAGUUGGAGAAUCCGCCGACACCUAAACCUAGACCGACGAAGGUGAGCAGGAGGAGGCCUAGGCCGCCGAAGCACAGUCCUGUGGAGGAUGAUGUCUAGGUUUAAAUUUAUAAGCAAUUGAUGGUAGAUGUAGUAGGGCUGUAAUUGUAUAUUAUGUAAGAGGACUUUCAGUAAAAAAUCGUUAUGAA